GACUUGUUAACCUUAGAGGACUUUUGUGAGAAGAGACGUGUGCAUUGGUUCUUACCGCCAGCAUUUGGUGUAAGGAAGGCUGGAGGUCGUGUGUUUGCUUACUCAGAGGAGACCCUGAAAACAAUGUACAGUGCAGAAGAAUUCAGUGACUGUGAGAAGAUUUUUGCCCCUAUGCUGGUGGACAAACACUUUUUCCUAAGUGUGUUUGACCUUAAUCAAAAGGUCAUUCAAAUAUGGGAUUCAUUUCCGAACUUCCUGGAUUCCAUUAUGAUGGAAGAAAAAGUGAAACAAAUCGCCAAUGAACUGGACUCGCUAUUUUAUGUGGAGAUCAUUAGAAGAUAUGCAUGUGACAUGCUCGUCUCUUUCACUGUUGAGAUUGUGGUUAAUGCUCCCAGGCAACAGAAUGGGUUUGAUUGUGGACUGUUUGUGCUUAAAUUGAUGAGAAGCGGUGGCAGUUUAGAUGAUUGUUCGCGGGGAAUGAGAAAAAGGUUUGACAGCGAGGAGGAGAGGAUUGAACUAGCCCUUUUUAUGCUGAAUAACAAAGACAAUGAGGUUGGAGAUCAAAUUUGCCGGAAAUUAGUUGGGCAAAGUCAAAGUGGUUGAAGAGGUGGGCAUGUGGAGAGAAUUGAGGGGGACACGCUGGACACUUAGGCGUGGCACGAUAGUCCAGCUGUAAUGUCUUUGUUAGGAGUUUCAAUAAAACAUACCUCUUUAUACAGAGGAACGUAGCUAGC